ACUCAAACCGCCCGCGGUCUGGCUCCUGAAUGUCCGCCAUGCGCCCAGUCCGUCUUGUCAACUCCAUUCUUCGAACGCGUCUCAUCCACACAAUGGCUCCCACUCUCCCUCCUGAUCGUCGCCCCGUCGUUAUCUCCGGCCCCUCUGGCGUCGGCAAGGGCACCCUCUUCAAGCUCCUCUUCGAGAGACACCCCGACACUUUUACUCUUUCCGUGUCGCAUACCACCCGCGGCCCUAGACCCGGCGAGAAGGAUGGCGUCGACUACCACUAUGUCACCAAGGAAGCUUUCGAGGAGCUGAAGGCCAAGGGCGGUUUCGUCGAGAGUGCGCAGUUCGGCAGCAACUUCUACGGAACCAGCAAGGCCACCAUCGAGGAACAGUCCGCCAAGGGCAAGGUUGUCGUUCUCGACAUCGAGAUGGAGGGUGUCAAGCAGAUCCAGGCCUCUGGCUUCCCCGCCCGCUACGUCUUUAUCGCUCCCCCAUCAGAGGAGGAGCUGGAAAAGAGACUCCGCGGCCGCGGUACUGAUAAGGAGGAGGAUAUUCUCAAGAGACUGGCUCAGGCCAAGAACGAGCUCGCUUUCAGCAAGACCGGUGUCCAUGACAAGAUCAUCGUCAACGAGGAUCUCGAGACGGCUUACAAGGAGCUCGAGGAGUUCGUCUAUGCGCCGGUUGCCUGAACUUAGGGCAAAAGAUGAGGUUUUGAAUAGACAGACUAUACCCUGGUGACCGCCUCUCCUUCAAAAAGUGUUGACCGCCUUGAUGCCAAAACUGGACCAUUUUUUCUACAUGGGUGCUGUUUGCCGACAUCAUUGCAGUCAUACUGCAUCAACACCGGGCCAACUUCGUUAGCUGGCCGGUCGUCUGACCCAUAUUCCGGAUAUACUCUAUAGCUAGCCAGGCCCUAAUCGUCUUCAGCGAUAAUGGUCGGCUCGUACCGAAUUUCGAGGCUGAUCGAAGGUCUUACUGGCCUACAACAGGCCGUCAAAGCCAGCCCAAGUUGGUGUCUGCCUUGGAAGGACACGCACGAACCCGCUAUUAGAAGAAUCCGAAACCUUGCGAGCCUCUCGGCCGUUCAUCUCCAAACAGUACUCUAAAAAGCAUUCGCAGAUCUUCUAUUCAAUAACAAACCACGGCACUGCUCGACACUCGCGGUAAUUUAGUCACUUCCUCGUAUCGGGAGCACGGAGCGUCGAAUCACCAGCCCAAUAUCGGUUCCGCAUACUCAGAUACUUGGCCAACACUAUCUGUGUUGAACUUUCGUGCAUCUUAACCACCUAUACAACCUAUCUGUUCCAGGUAACACCAUAACACUCAAGUCCCAGAACCUCCACGGGAAGUCGGGCACAGCAUUGGAGUAUGAGCCAGAGAGGGGGAUAGUUAAGCUGUUUAUCUAAUCGACAUGUUUUGCCUACAUAGCGAUCGCAAGAAUUUACCAAGAUAUUUCCAUACA